AUGGCGAAGCGACGACGAUCAAAACCUGACUCGAUAAGCCAGAUUGUUUCUUUAAUCUCAUUAAUUUUCGGUAUUGCCGCAUUGGUGCUCACUUGUGUUGGCCUUGGGACACCAGAAUGGUACAUUAGGUAUGGAUCCGGUUAUAACAUUUCAUCGUAUCGAAUUUCUUCAGCCAACUUUUUUUACUCAUGCAACUAUUACAUUGAUAAUACAUUAGAUAGAUGUGUACAACGUCAAGAAUCGAUGUUUUACUAUCCUAACUUUGCUCAAAUCGAGUGGAUCAACGCUUACCAGAACGUCGCUGAACAUGCUGGUGCUUUAUGUAUCGUUGGCAUUAUUUUUCUAUCGUUUGGUAUUCUAUUCACAGUCAUAAUGACUGUGGUACAUUGUCCAAGUCCGUUUUAUUGUUUUCCACCCGGUGUAUUUUUCCUUGCAUGCCUUUUCAUGGCUGUUGGUCUGGCAGAAGGUUCAUUUAUUCUUAUUUAUAAUGGCUAUUCAGCUAUUCUUUUUCAAACUGGUCAAGUAGCAACGAUUCUCGCUCUUUGCUUGAGCACUUUCGCAGCCGGUCGCAAUCACUUUGCCAGCUGUACUGACGCUGGCAUCAAUACAGCUCCAAAAAAAUCGGCGGUCUCUGUGACUUGA